AUGAACCAACCCGAUUCCGACAAAUCGCCAUCGAAAACCCCUGGUGUCAGCUUUGAUCUAGGCCAGGAGGAGGCAGCAGCUCUCGACGACUUCGAUACGCAAAGCCAUGCCAGCUCCCGUGAUCCCGGUAGCGCACAAACAGCGGACCCCGCGCUAGGCCCAGACAACGGGACACUAGACCAACGAGACGACGGCCAGUCCAAUCUUGAACCUCUGAACGACGACGAUAAACCGGCUUGGAGCGAGAUGAAGACCAAGGCUGGAAAGGAGCGGAAGCGCCUGCCGCUGGCAUGCAUCGCAUGCCGCCGCAAGAAAAUCCGCUGCUCGGGCGAAAAGCCUGCCUGCAAACAUUGUACGCGCUCGAGAAUUCCGUGUGUGUAUAAAGUAACUACACGGAAGGCGGCGCCGCGCACGGAUUAUAUGGCUAUGUUGGACAAGCGACUGAAGAGGAUGGAAGAUCGCGUAAUUAAGACAAUACCCAAGGAGGAGACGAGAGAUAUGGUCUCUAUUGGGAGAUCGGUUGUCAAGCCUUCCGCCUCGGUCCAGCCGUCAAAAUCACAGAAGAAACGAAGCGCGGAAGAGGCAUUUGCAGCAGAAAUGGAGGAAUGGACUCGUGGGGAUGUCCGCCCACCACAAGAGACGUUCCCAACGAAUCGUGAAACCAAACCCACCGAUGGAACUGGCCUUCUCACCGAGGGAGCCGAAUUCUUACCAUCAUUGGAGAUACAAGAGCAUCUUGCAGAGGUGUUCUUUGAUUGUGUCUAUGGGCAGUCAUAUCUCUUAUUACACAAACCCAGCUUUAUGCGAAGGCUUAAAGCAGGCUCAAUUCCCCCUGUCUUAAUUCUUGCUGUCUGUGCUGUAUCUGCACGAUUUUCCACACACCCUCAGCUCAACUCCGAUCCGCCAUUCUUGCGUGGAGAGAACUGGGCUAAUCCCGCUGCGGCCAUCGCUCUGAGCCGGCACGACGAACCAAACAUUACUAUCCUUACGGUCUUUUUACUUCUUGGUCUUCACGAGUUUGGGACCUGUCACGGUGGACGAAGUUGGUCAUAUGGAGGCCAGGCAUUACGAAUGGCCUACGCGUUGCAGCUCCAUCAGGAACUUGAUCAGGAUCCAGUACUCAGUCAGAAGAAUGGCAACGGCUCACAGCUGAGCUUUACUGAUCAAGAAAUUCGACGCCGCACCAUGUGGGCAUGUUUCUUGAUGGAUCGAUAUAACUCUUCCGGAAGUCAGCGGCCCCCUAUUGGGAAUGAAAAAUUCUUACAAAUACAGCUUCCUAUCAAGGAAACUCACUUCCAGAUGGAGAUACCUGGUCCAACAGAAGAUCUUGACGGCGAUGUCAUUAAUCCCGUACUUGAAGAUGCGGGCCAGCUAUUUAAUGCUAAAGAGAACAUGGGUGUCUCGGCAUACAUUAUCCGUGCUAUCAUCAUAUGGGGGCGCAUCGUUGACUACCUGAAUCUGGGUGGGAAAAGAAAGGACUCACAUCCACUUUGGCAUCCACAGUCAGGAUACAUGCAGCUUAAGCGGCAAAUUGAGGAAUUCUCUGCGUCUCUUCCGGCACCUUUGACCUUCACCUACGAAAAUCUUCAAAUCCAUGCAUCAGAGAAGAUUGCAAAUCAGUUCAUUUUCCUCCACAUCAUCACACACCAGAACAUGCUGUUUCUCAAUCAGUUCGCUAUUCCCUUGUCUCCAGGGGGGCGACCGCCAAGAGAUAUGCCUAAGUCAUUUCUCAGUAAUGCAGGCCGAGCCGCAGUGGAGGCUGCGCAUCACAUAUCAGUGCUAUUUGAUCGAGCUUCGGCCUAUCCCCUCACUGUCCCUUUUGCUGGUUACUGCGCUUACUCGGCAAGUACAGUUCACAUCUGGGGGAUCUUCUCGAAGAACGUACAGCUAGAGGCACGCUCAAAAGAGAACCUCCGGCAUACCUAUCGCUAUCUCAAUAAAAUGAAAAAGUACUGGGGAAUGUUCCAUUAUAUGGUUGAGAGUGCCAAGGAUCGGUAUCGCCUGUUCGCUGAUGCAGCUAUAAAGGGCUCUGUGGCAACUGAUGGCGCAUCGUUGGCACCAAUGUUUCAAUAUGGUGACUGGUUCGACAAAUAUCCCCAUGGAGUGUCAAGAGUACACUGGGAGGGACCCGAAACGCGACACAAAGAAACGGGCGAAGACGCAGUCAUGGGCCAGAAACCCGACCUCCAGAGCGUGGAAGAUUUCUUUGCCGGCCUUUCCCCCACUCCGCAGCCAGUUCAACCCCGCAAGUCCCGACCUCGCAAGAACAGCAAGCUAUCAAAUGGAGCACCGGGUAUGGACCAGACUUCACCGCAGUCUGUGAUGGAAGCCAUUAUAGGAAACGCCCCCGGUGGCCCAGACAGUGCAUUCCCACAGCCAUCCAUGUUCCAGCAAUCCCGGCCAAUGCCAUUCGGUCAACCACCUUUCGACUUCGGUAUCCCACCAGACCAAUUACCGCAACUAGAUCGGCAAUUUGUCUACGGUUCAUUUGCUGACUUCGAUCCCGCCUCAUUCGAUCCAAACAAUCCUCCUAUCCCACCGCUCAACGGCGUCGAAACUCAACCCCCAGAUCAAACACUGUUCACUGGCCACAUGGACCCAAGCGCCCCUGCGGGAAUGGGCGAGUUCUACCAGCCCAGCGCAUGGUUCCUGCCCUUUAAUCUUGAUCCUGUUGGCGGCGGAAACGCACCAUCACAAGCUCCGCCCCCGGCUUCCAUGCCUGGGGGAAACAAUGGUGACGGCACGUCAUCUGGGAUCCCUUCUGUGGAUAUGUCGGGCUUUGGGGGUGCCGGAGGCAUGUCUUUCUAA